AAAGCUAAAGGAAAACAGAGGCGGAAAUUGGCUUGCUCCUGUCUCUAAGAAUUUAUACUGUCCUGUAGGGGGAGAUCAGGACCGAAGAGAUUCCACCCAAGUAAAUGCACCCAGGAUUGUAGUCCAUGCAUAGUUUCUUGGCGUGCAACGGCCUUUACUGUACAGGAUCCUCGUUGGAAUGCAGCGCCGCUGCUUUCAGUGGCUCUUACUCCCGAGUAAGCGGCAUGCCCUCUGCAACUCUGCCGGCAGCAAACUGAACUUUGGGUAACUUUACCCGAGCGGGAGACGCAGAGGCUUUCGCUUGCAGGAAGAGUGCGAGGAAACGUCGCAGCAACAGCCCUGCCGACCCGAGCGAGGCCGACAAAGGCGCUCUGGUUUCCCCCGGCUCUGUCCCGGCUGGGCGAGGGAGUGCCCAGGUGCCCUUCAGUCCCUCCCCGCCGGGUGGAGUCGCUUGGCGGGCGGGCGCGCUUUCCGGGCAGCUUCUCGAGUCGCUGCUGGCGGCACCUGCCUUCGUCUUCCGGGCCCGAGCGGAGGCGAUGGCGACCCGGGCGCUCCGCUGCCACCGCCGUAGCUGAAGUUGCCGCGGGUCCUCGAAGGGAGGCGCAGACUCCAGAAAGCUGUCCAGAGCCACAUCAUGUCCCAGCGGCUUUCGGACACCUCCUUGGCAGACAAAGCCCUUUUGCUAGAGUGCCAGCUCACCUCGGAGUUACAGGUCAGCCCCACUGCUGUGACCCCGCAGGGGACAUGCAACUCCAUGGCGGCGGCGCUUGACAACGCCGCCUUUUCGGGUGAGCUCUCGCCGUCUUCCAACGGGCCACGCCGGGUCAUCCUCAGCACUGAAAGCCCGGUGGCUCUGAAAGUGGGCACGCAGCAGCUCAUCCCCAAAAGUCUGGCUGAAUCCCCCCGAUCCAAGCCUCCAUCCCGGCACCAGAGCUUUUCUGCAGCAGUGCUGAGCAAAGAGGCACCGCGAUGCGACCCGAAGCGUUUGUCGGCCCCCAGCAUUUCUUUCGAAGAUCUGGAAGAGGAGUUGGGCGGGGGGACGCUGAAACGCAACCUGCGCAACAUGUCCUACCGGGCAGCAAUGAAAGGCUUCGGGAACACCGAAGCACCAGAGACUGCCAAGUUCAGCGCCACCCUGAAACCACUCUCAGAAGAAGCCAACGGACAGGGAGCGCGGAGCCCCGGCCGAAAUAAGAGAACCUUUGGGCGCAAGCGGAUGCCGCGGCAUGGGGGCUCUUUCAAGGAUGAUCCCCGCCUGUAUCAAGAGAUCCGAGAGAGAGGCUUGAACACGAUCAGCCACGAGUCGGAUGAUGACCUACUGGAGGUAGAAAGCAUCCCUGAAGAGCCUCCUGCCACAGACUCCAUCAUCGUGGUGAAGAACUAUCGGCCUGCCCAUGUCACCUGGAGCCAGCUCCCCGAGGUGCAGGAAGCAGGAAUCCUGGAGCUGAUCUCUCCUGAAGAACGCAAGAGGCAGGAGGCCAUUUUUGAGAUCAUUACUUCUGAAUAUUCCUAUAUGCGCAGCCUGAACAUUCUGGUGACCCACUUCCUGAAGUCCGAGGAGCUCAAGGAGACGAUGACGCAGACGGAGCACCACCACCUCUUCUCCAACAUUGGGGAUAUCCUGGCGGUUAGCAAGCGGUUCUUUGAGGACUUGGAAAAGAGGCACCAGGAGCAUCUCCUAAUCUCUGACAUCAGCGACAUCCUGGAAGAUCAGGCAACCAAUCAUUUUAACCCCUACGUCAUCUACUGUUCCAAUGAGGUCUACCAGCAAAGGACGCUACAGAAGCUCUUAGCCACAAACCCUGCCUUUAAAGACAUCUUGAAACAAAUUGAGCAGAAGCCGGAGUGCGGCAGCUUGCCUUUGAUCUCCUUCCUCAUCCUACCCAUGCAGAGGGUGACCCGUUUGCCUCUCCUGAUGGAUACAGUUUGCCAGAAAACCCGGAUGAACAGCCCAGUGUACAAAGCUGCCACGCAAGCGCUAAAAGCCAUAAGCAAGCUUGUGAAGAAGUGCAAUGAAGGCGCCCACACCAUGGAGAGGACGGAGCAGAUGUACACUUUGCAGAAGCAGCUGGAGUUUGGAAAAAUCAAGAACUUUCCCCUGAUUUCUGCUUCCCGCUGGCUCCUUAAAAGGGGAGAGCUUGCCUUGCCCUUGGCAGAAGAAGGUGGAAUUUUCCGGAAGGGUUCUGGGCGUGGAAACUGUUAUCUCUUUGUCUUUAAUGACGUCCUGAUUAUCACUAAGAAAAAGAGCGAGGAGAGUUAUGCAGUCCUUAACUAUGCCAUGCUGGAUCAGAUAUCGGUGGAAAAGAUCGAGAACCCCGACGCCCCCUCUUCUCCCCCUGGUAAGCCAGGAGCCAGUGGUAUUCACCGCAGCGGCCACUUGUUCCGUGUGAUCAUGAGCAAGGACAGUGAAGGCAAACGGGGGGUGAUUGUACUGGCCACAGAAUCCCUGAGCGAUCGUGCCCGAUGGAUCACCGCUUUGAUGCACAGAGAAGAAAAAGAGAAUGAUACGGCACACAAAGGAGAUCUCAAACAGGUGGAGAUUACCAGGGCAUACCUGGCCAAGCAGACGGACGAGAUAUCCUUGCAGCAGACUGACGUUGUCCUUGUCCUUCUUCGAGAGGACGGCUGGUAUUUAGGAGAGCGCCUGCGUGAUGGGGAGAGAGGCUGGUUCCCUCAAGCCUGUGCUCAGGAGAUCACCAGCCGCAGUGCCGUGCAGCGUAAUGUGCAGCGCAUGGAACGCCUGCGCAUAGAAACGGAUGUGUAGGCUGAUGGAUUGCCGCUGGAGCAUUUGGGGUACAAGCAGCUGGGCCAGAGACAGCAAAACCUGCCCGUCGUUCCCUGUAAACUUCCUCCUGGUUUUGAAGAGGAUGCUCCUUCCAUUUUUCGGAUAUGUUCUCUAAGGGAGCCAGAGAGACAAAUAACUUUCAGCACGGUGGGUACACCUUUUUUUAGUAAGGCAGUCCCUUAGCCAAAUCCAUGUACCUCCCUUCAAUUGCCAGCUCCAAAAGCCACAGGUGAGGGAUGUGUGAUCAGCAUCGGCAGAUGGUUUCAGUGGGGUACCUUGAACUGCUCCCCCACCACCACCACCAAAACUUAGCUGCCAACCAGAGGUUUAAGAGAGUUGUCAUCUGGAUCGAACCACUCUUUGAUGGGGAAUUUUAAAGAAUCUGUGGGAUGUCAGUGAUGAAACAAAAGGAGGCCUGUUUCUUGACUGCAGAUGCAGGCGAGGCUUGCAAGUUUGAGGGCCAGAAAUGUGCCUCUCUGCCUCCCUUUUUAUGCUGCCCUCUGCUGUCAACAGGGUGGGGCUGCUCUGUGGCUGUGAUUGUCCCCGUGCUAGCUAGUGACCUUGGAGCCCGGAUGGAUUUUUUUCUUUACAAAGCAUGCUGCAGUUCUUUCAAUUUGUGUGUUGCUGUGGAUGACGGGAGUAAAUCUGUUUGCGGCUGGACUCUAGAAGAGCGCCUGAGUCUGAAACAAAUUGCUUGCCACUUGCCUGCCUUUAUAGAGCACGAGAAAGAUUCAUGUGGGCCGACGGAGAAAGUGCGUCCUUAGCUCUUCUUCUUAAUUCCUCCUUGCAGGGGCAAGAAAGAGAUGGGGUGUUGAGCUGGUUUGUCAGGCCUUUUUGAUAUAUAGGGUGUAUUAAGCCUUUGAGAGAGGAAAGCUCUAAUUUUGGGAGGGUUACAGUGUGGGUGAGGAGGAGAUCUGUGUGAGCCGUUUGGGAGCUGCAGUCAGUUCUAAACCCGUUGGUGGCUCUUUCAGUGUGCCUCCAAGCCACACAGUUCUGGAACCUUGGGGAUUUGGCAACCAGCAGAUUAAUCUGCCUAAGUAUGGCCAAAUUGGACCGAUCUUUUUCAUCUAUGUGGGCUUCAGUUUUUUAAAAAUGGGGGAUCCCUCAGGUUUUAGGAGAGGUUCUGCUAGCCCUGUUGGAAAGAGGGGUAUUAAGCCCCUCUGCUCACCAGCUUGGCUUGUCCUUGGCGGGAGGGGAGAUUCGUUGUUUACAGAGUCCAUUGUCGAACAGAGCUGCCACCCGAACAGCUGCAAGCAGCUUAGAGGAACGCAGCAGUGCCCUGCUUUGGCACAGAUGGCCCAGUGCCGUUGAGCCAGGGGCGCUACAAUUUUUGUAAUUCACUGCCCUGCUGUAAUUGAUAUGACUAUUGAUAAUAGCUAAUAUUGCUUGUAUGUAUCCACUGCCUGUAAGCAGGGCUGCUGGAAAAACAGUACACAGGGUAGACAUUUCCUAGAGCAUCUUGCAUUUUACUUGGGAUGCCAUCCUAAAUUUCCAAAAGUGCAUCACUGGAAGUGCAACUUUUCCUGGGUAAUCUUCCUCCCCUCUUGAUGGAAUCUUUCCUGUGUGUCUCUUGCUCUCGUUGAUUCUCUGGGCUUAACUUAUUGAUUUUUGUUUGGCACCAUUCAGAAUACUACCCACCCUUUCUGUUGUGCAGCCCCUCUGUUUCAAGCCCUCUCUUGAGGCCCUGGCUGGCCACUACUUCUCACCACAAUAGGUUGUCGUCUGCCAUCCUCGAUUCAGCAGGAGUUUAGCAGUUAGUUCUGAUCAAUUGGUGAUGCCUAGGAAAGUGAGUGCCAAGAUUUUCUGCUCUUACUAAGGUACUUUCCAUGAAACAAAGCAUGUGUAUAUAAUACUGCUGUAUAUUUGCAUUUUGUCGAAUAUUUAAACAAAUAAAGUUUUAAAUUUGCUAUA